AUGUGUUCCAAGAAUAUUGUUUAUUUAUUUUUAAUUUCAUUCUGUGUAUCGGAGAUAGUAGCGGACAGCAUUGCACCCGGAAUCUUGCCAGACAGAACGAAUCGAGUGGAGGAUAUUUAUCUUAGAUAUUAUAAUGGACAAACAGCUGAAGACUACGUGGACAUUCCUCUCAGUCAGGCCAACAAGUUGUUCGAAAUCAAAGGUUUUGACCAGAACAAUCCCACUGUCUUCUAUAUCCAUGGAUUCAUUGAAGUUGCUCAGCAGGAGAGUAUCCAGGUCAUGGUGAACGCGUAUUUGGAGGCAAGGCCGGGUACAAAUGUUAUAUUACUAGACUGGUCCAAUAUGGCGCAUGGAUCAUACUUUUUCAAUGCCGCUAGAAACACCAAAAAGGUUGGUACAGCUGCAGCAGAACAGUUGAAUAAGUUAGUCGACUCAGGACUUCUCUUAGACAAAUUCCACGUGAUUGGACACUCAUUGGGUAGCCACGUGGCAGGAUACACUGCAAGAGAACUGAAGACCAAAUACAACAAAACUAUCAAAAGAUUAACAGCCCUCGAUCCCGCUUUUCCAGCGUUCUAUCCUGAUGGCGUGGUGAUGGAACACGUGAACGCGAAGGACGCAGACUUCGUCGAUGUAAUACAUACGGACGCUGGUGGAUAUGGCGCACCGGUACGAACUGGAACGGCUGACUUUUGGCCGAACGGUGGCAAAAGCAUACAGCCUGGUUGCCCUCGAUUUGCCCCCAUACCUCUCUCCGAUGAUAAUCUGUGCAGCCAUUGGAGAUCAUGGCGGUUUUUCGCAGAAUCAGUGAGAAAUCCUGAAGCAUUCCCCGCCUCUCCUGCCGAAUCUUACCAUAAAUUCAGAGAAAACCCGAACCCUGAAGAAGGAAUGGUGUACAUGGGUUAUAGCUGUGAUAAUAAAGCCGAAGGAUCUUAUUACUUAACAACGAACUCUCAAACACCAUUUGGAAAAGGAAUGGAUGGGCUAUAUCCAAAAAGCAAGAGUAAUUCCAUAAAGAAAUAA